AUUAGCGAUGAAAGAGAGAUUAGCAUGGGCAGGAGAGUUGAAGUCUUUUCUCCAUCUCCAUUGGUGAGUCAGUGUAAAGACAGAAGGACUACCCAGACAUCAGGAAAUCAGCACUUCAUUCUUCCUCAGGAUGCCUGAUCCAUGUUUUUUCUCCCCUGCACCCAGCAAGUUACCAGUUUUGAGAUCUGGGUCAGUCCUGUGAAACAGAUGUCUGCUGCAUGCCUUGGAUACAGGCUCCUAAUCCGCUUACGAGCUUUCCUUGACCUACGCCUCUCUUCCUAAUGCCGAUCUAACUAUGGCUGUCCUCAAAGUAAAAUUCACCAAAACCAAGAGGGACAAAUUGGCUCAGAUCUUAUGGAUCCUCAACUGGAUUUCUGUAGUGAGCGGGAUCAUUCUCUUCAGUCUUGGCCUCUUCUUGAAAAUAGAGAUCAAGAAGCGCAACGAAGUGAUGGCAAAGGGGGACGUUAACUCUGUCCCCAACAUGCUGAUCUCAGUAGGAGUCAUAGCCUGUAUCAUCAACUUCCUGGGUGGCAAAAUCUGCUAUGACUGCUCAGAUGCCAACAAGUUCUCUCGAUGGAAACUAGUUAUGCUUCCGUACAUCGUAUGUACCUUCUGUUUUACCUUCUGCAUCCUGGUGGGUGCUCUAAUGUGCUAUACCAUGAGGAAUGAGCUGGAAGAGUCUCUCUACCUGGGACUGAGGGAUGCUAUUAAGUUCUAUAAAGACACGGACAUACCCGGACGAUGUUUCUUAAAGAAAACAGUGGAUUUGUUACAAAUUGGAUUCCAGUGCUGUGGAAACAAUGGCUUUAGAGAUUGGUUUGAAAUUCAGUGGGUAUCUGCUCGUUAUCUGAACAUGGCUUCCAAGGAAGUUCUGGACCGCCUGAAGAGCAACGUCGACGGCAAGUUCUUGGUGGACGGCGUGCCCUUCAGCUGCUGCAACCCAAGCUCCCCCCGGCCCUGCAUCCAGUACCAGCUGACCAACAACAGUGCCCACUACAACUACGACUUCCUGACGGAGGAGCUCAAUAUCUGGGUGAAGGGGUGCAGAGAGGCCCUGCUGGAUUACUACACAGCCAUCAUGAGAUCCAUCGGCAUUGCGGCGUUGCUCAUCUGGCUGUUUGAGGUCUCUGUACUUAUUGGUGUCCGGUACCUACAGACAGCCAUGAGGAACGUCCUUCUGCUGGGAGACCUGGAGGGUGAAUCAGAUGGUUGGUUACUAGAAAACAGCUUUGUGGAAACUGCCAAAUACAACAUCAACAUCAUCAAGAACCUGGGCAAAGCCAAUCAGAUCUCCACUGUCUCCGGCAUGAACGACCCCAACAUCGAUGUCCAAAACACAGACUGUGGCAAAAGCAACGUUACAACAAAAUCUAUCCCAGCAGCAAGCUAGAGGAGUCUUCAAAGAAAUGGCAUCACAAGGGUAGCGUUGACAUAUUACAGUCUUAACCACUUCCAGAUUUUUCACUGGUGAGGAAAAAAGA